ACUGCACCACAGAGAGCAGGAGAGAUCAUUCCUUACAAUUUCUGCCUUCAGAAACUCACCUGCAAAUGAUAUGUUCUAAGACAUUUACUGAGCGCCUACUACAGGCUAAACCCAGGCGAUUGGGAUUCAAAGAGGUUUGCCCACGUGGCGGAAGCCGGGGACUGCGCCGCUGGGGGAGGAGUCGCCUCUGCAUCGCCGGCUCUGAGCUGAAGGUGACCGCGCGCUGGCCGGGUCCAGGCGGCCAACCCCAACCCCGGGCCAGGAGUAAAGCCACGCCCAGCGCCACUCCCACCGCGAGCUGAUCCCUCAACCUUUAGAGAUAAAUGUACUAAGUGCUGGGACACGUGAAUAAAACAGAAGAGGACCUUGCCCUCGUCAAGCUUACUGCCUAGUAGGUGCUUGCUCAAGACAACUUACCCAGGUCACUACUACUUGGAAGUGGUUGAUAUAUCCUGGUGCAGCCUUCAAGGAGGAAGCAGGCAGGAUAACAUGGACCAGCAACUGAAGAAAAGAGCAAAGACACAUGACCGGAAAGGUCUGGGUAGAAGAGCUGUCAGUGGGGAUAAGUCAUGGCUAGCCCAGGCAAGCCCAGCCCAGCAGGAACCUCUUGACAUGAUGUGGGCCUUACAAGAUGAAGGCGUGUACUGUGAGACUAGCCAUCAGGUUGCUGGAGAGGAUUCCUUCUGUGACUGUUAUAUAGAAUGCAUAAUAAGAGGUGAGUUUUCUGAACCCAUCCUGGAGGAAGACUCACUUCUUAAGUCCUUUGACUGCCUGAAAGAAGGAUCAGAACAAGAGCUUUCUCAACAGGUUCUUACAGCAAGCUCACUUCUUGAAUGUUCCUUAGAAUACAUGAAAAAAGGGGCAAAACAAGAACUUCCUCAACAGAUUGUUGGAGAGAAUUCACUUCUUGAGUAUUCUGAGUACAUGACAGGCAAGAGGCUUCCUCCUGGAGGAAUAUCCAGCAUUAACUUACCAGAUCCCAAACAGGUCUCAGAAUCUGCUAGAAAGAAGGUGGGAAAAAAUCAAGAAUAUGAUGCUCCAGAAAAAUUUGUUUGUCCUCAGAGUGGAUGCACAAAAAAGUUGAAGAAUAGAGCUUCCCUGAGGAAGCAUCUGCUCGUUCAUGGGCCCCGAAAUCACGUAUGUGCAGAAUGUGGGAAAGCGUUCAAUGAGAGCACAAAGCUAAAAAGACAUUUUCUGGUUCAUACUGGAGAGAAGCCAUUUCAGUGCACUUUCGAAGGGUGUGGAAAACGAUUUUCCCUGGACUUCAAUCUGCGUACACACGUACGCAUCCACACUGGGGAGAAACGUUUUGUGUGUCCCGUUGAAGGCUGUCACAAGAGGUUUAUUCAGUCAAAUAAUAUGAAAGCUCACAUCUCAACUCAUGCAAAGACCAAAGGGAAUCAACGAAAGGAAGAUGGAGAAUAAUCCUCAAACAGGGUAAGCGUAUUGACAAAAGAGUGACUGGGGACAAAUAUGCCUCACUGAUUAUUAUUUCAGGAAAGAAUUUUUAAAUCGAUAUCGCAACCCUACAAGGCAUAUUUUUUGGUGUUACUAAGAUGCUCCUAUAGUUUGUGAUGCCAUUUCAGAACAUUGUGUAUAGAAUGAUAGUGUGCUUCCAACAGGAAGGUCAGUAAUGAACUUACUUCAAAAGCAUAAUCCUUAAUACAUUGCAAAUUGGAGUAUUGGAUAUGGGACUUAAUUUCACAUACUAUAAAUCUAAAAUUAACUUUGGUUUUUAAGUUUGUAGUUUCCAAUUGUUUAGCUUUUCCCUUUUAGGAAUAUACUUCAUGCUACAUGCGAUAAUCCUAGAGAAUGAAAAUUUUGCAGUAGAUUGUCAAUAAGUGGAUGAGUAGUUAAACAUUUUUAAAGUUAAAUAUAAUUUUUAAUCAUUUCUUUUUUUGUCAUUGUAUCAAACUAUAUUACAAUCAUAUGGCUAGAUGUGAGUGGUUGUUUGAUAGUGUCAAUCCAUUUGAAUCCAUUUUAGAUAUUUUAAAAUAAAAUAAAAUAUUUAAAAUAAAACUCCAGAAGUGUGCUAAAUCUGGAUUAAAAAAAUCAAAGAAGGGGGCUGGCUCAGUGGCUCAGCGUUUAACUGCGUGCAUUCUGCUGUGGCGGCCCUGGGUUCGCAGGUUUGGAUCCCGGGCGCGCACCAACGCACAACUUGUUAAGCCAUGCUUUGGCGGCAUCCCAUAUAAAGUAGAGGAAGAUGGGCACGGAUGUUAUGUUAGCCCAGGGCCAAUCUUCCUCAGCAAAAAGAGGAUUGGCAUUGGAUGUUAGCUCAGGGCUGAUCUUCCUCACAAAAAAAAAAACAAAAAAAAAAAAACGCAAAGAGGUAUGCAUGAAGAAGAGAUACCAUUUAUUUGUUUUCGAGGGCCGGCCCCGUGGCUUAGUGGUUGAGUGUGCGCACUCCACUGCUGGCAGCCCGGGUUCGGGUACCAGGCGCGCACUGACGUGCCAGUUCUCCGGCCAUGCUGACACCGCAUCCCAAAUACAGCAACUGGAAGGAUGUGCAACUAUGACAUACAACUAUCUACUGGGGCUUUGGGGGAAAAAUAAAUAAAAUUAUACAAAAAAAAGAAUAUUUAUUUGUUUUCGAAAUUUGCAAAACAUUGCAAAGAUUGAUAGUUCAGUAUUGGCGAGGUGUGGGGGAAAAGUUACCUUUCUACACGGUUGGUUAAGGCAUAAAUUGUGACAGCCAUUUUGGGGGUAUUUUGCAAGUAUGCUGUAUCAGUUAUCUAGGGCUGCUGUAACAGUACCACCAAUUAGGUGGCUUAAACAACAGAAAUUUGUAGUUUCAUAAUUCUUGGCUAGAAGUUCAAAAACGAAGUGUUGGCAGAAUUGAGGGUUGUGAAGAAAGGACCUGUUCCAGGCCUCUCUUCUUGGCUUGUAGAUGACUGUCUUUGUGUUUACAUGGUGUUCUCUUCAUAUCUUCAUAUUAUCUUCCCUCUGUGCAUGUCUGCAUCCAGAUUUCCUUUUAAAAGGACCCCAGUCAUACUGGAUUAGAACCCACCCUAAUGACCUCGUUUUUAACUUGAUUACCUUUGUAAAGACUCCAUCUCUAAAUAAGGUCACAUUCUGAGGUACUGGGGGUUAGGAUUUCAACACGAAUUUUUGGGUGCACAAUUCAACCCAUAACAUGCAUUCUUUUGGAUCUAAUAAUUUUACUUCUAGAACUCAAUUCUAUAGAAAUUUGCACUAACGUACAAAGAUAUUUGCUCAAGGGUGUUAACUGAAGCAUAGUUUUAAGAGUAAUAAAUUCAUAAAUGUCCAUUAAGAGGGAACAAGUUGCAUAAAGUAUGAUACCUCUAGUCAAUAGAAAAUGUGCAAAUAUCAUGAAAGGAAGCUUGGCUGUAAAGGGAAGGAAAGGAUCACAGCUAGAGGGAAGCCAUAGAGUAGGAGAAAGUUUGUUGUUUUUAAUAGAUGGGACAGAAUCUGAUGUAUUUAUAUGCAGUGGAAGAAAAUUCAGAGAAAUUGGUUAAAUAUUCUGGAUAAGGGGGAAAAUUGAUCAUGUAGAUAUGGCUGGUAAAAAUAAAACUAUAGCUCUAAUAUAAGGAUUAACUUAUUUUUAUGAUUAUAAACUGAAUCCCUCAUUGGAAUCACGUUAUAAUGGGCAGAAAAUAAGCAGCUAUCAAACUUGGAAUGUUUUUUCCCCAGAGUCAAUUAUAAUAAAUAGUCAGAUAUAGUUAGAAUAACAUAUUUCUUAGAUUUUAAGAUUUAAGACACCACUGGAGGUAAUGGUAGUAUAUACCAUAAACUUAACAGCUUUCAGGAAAAAAAUCAACACACCAUACAAACAAGUGAACUUUAAGAUUAAUCUUGAUUUUAGAAAUGCCAAAAUGUAAAAACAUGUAUGAUUUAAAAACAAUAAGAAAAAAAUCAAGGGCUUACAUUUUGACUUAAGAAUGAGCUAUUUAUUACUAUGGACUGUUAUGAAAACUUAAUUUUUUAUUUAUAAUAUAUUUGGUAUGGCAUUUAUACCAUCAUUUCUAUAGGAAUGUAGGCCCUGUGUGUCUAAAUUAAAAGGAACAUUGGACACAUAAUCCAUAAGUUUGGAAUUUCUAUAAGUCAAACACAUGAGGAUAGAAUUUAGGAUGGGAAUUUGGUAUUUGAUCAAGGAGAUGUAGCAUAUGUUUGUCUAGUUUUUGCUUUGACUGCAGUAUGUUUGAUUUGGUCCUCUACGGAUUUCUACUUCAGAGUUGAAUUAGGACAUAGCACCUCUGAAGACUGAGCAAAACCUGGCAUUAGAUAGAGAGUUGUUAAGACUAGAUAAAGUCAAUGGCAGGGUUUAGGCUGCAAGCUCUUGAGAUCCGGGACUCAGCAUCAAGAGAGAUCAAGAUUGACUUCCCCCGUGUGGAGGCUGGACUACUUUUGUAGAUUACUAUUUGUUUUCUUUGAAAUUUAUUUUUUAUUUUUAUUUAUUUAUUUUAUUUUUGAGGAAGAUUGCCCCUGUGCUAACAUCUGUUGCCAAUCUUCCUCUCUUUUCCUUUUUCUCCCCAAAGUUCCCAGUAUGUAGUUAUGUAUCAUAGUGGUAGAGUUGUAGCUCUUCUAUGUGGGACACCACCUCAGAAUGGCUUGAUGAGCGGUGAGUAGAUCCACGCCCAGGAUUCGAACCAGCGAACCCUGGGCCGCUGAAGCAGAACGCACAAACUUAACCACUAUGCCAGCGGACCGGCCCCUAGAUUACUAUUUCUGGAGCUGAAACUCAGUCUGGAGCUGGUCACUCUUUUUGGUCCCAAAAUCUCAGUAUUUGCAACCCUAAAGCUUAAAUGCACAGGGAACAUCAAGCUGAGAAAGUGCUUGUGUACUUGGAUUCCAAGUCUUAUUUCAGUUCUGUCUUGGGAAUAGGAUGCUGCUUGGUCAGCCUCCUAGCUGUUUUCUUUUCCCAAAGAGAAACUUGAAAAUUGCUAAGAAUGUCGGAGGAAGAAGGCAUGUGGACAUAAUAGGAAAAAAGAAGAGACAAGGAGAUUAGCUAAUGAAGAUAUGUCAUCUGAAAUCUUUGUUAAUGUUUUGGAAAAGAAGUGUACAUACACUUGCCACAUUUGUAUUUUUAAGUAAGAAGGAUGAGCACAGGAUGUGUGAAUGCAAAUCCAGAGAAAAUUGAAAAAGAAAAUCAAUCUUAGAUUUUUAUGUUUCCAGAUACCAGCAUUGUGCAAACCCAAAAUCCUGAUAAAUGAAUAAAUAUUUUUUUUGUUUUCAUGCUGGUAUUCGGUUCAUGGUCCAUAUCUUUUUUUGUUUUUAAUGGCCAAACAUUAAUAGAAGAUAACACUAGAGAAAUACUUUCUACAAAAAAAACUAAAAAUCUUAAGGCAGAGCCCAUCACUUUCUUGGUAUCUCUAACCCAUAAGGCAAAGUUAGUUGAUGCAAUAAAUUAUGGAGUGAAUAAAUGUGUAAAAAUAUAACAAUAUGCUUUUUAAAAACUAA